AUGGAUCUGGAACCUCCGGGCCGGGGCUCCGGGGCCCAGAGAACCCCAAGGACUGGAGGUUUUUGUGCUGCAGACGGUUCCGGGGGUCAGAGCUCUUGUGGUGGUGCUGCCGGCGCCGUGAAUAAAGUCAGGAGAAGAAAAGCGGCCAAACGUGAGAGGGAUGGGGCGGCGGGAGCGGGGAGGGACCGGGUAGGGAGCGGGGAGGGACCGGGCAGGAGCGGCAAGAACCGGGCAGGAGCGGCAGGGACCGGGCAGGGAGCGGCAGGGACCGGGCAGGACCGAGCAGGGAGCGGCAAGGACCGAGCAGGACCGGGCAGGGAGCGGCAGGACCGAGCAGGGAGCGGGCAGGACCGAGCAGGGAGCGGCAGGGACCGGGCAGGACCGGGCAGGGAGCGGCAAGGACCGGGCAGGGACCGGGCAGGACCGAGCAGGGAGCGGAAAGGACCGGACAGGAGGGGCAGGGACCGGGCCGGGAGCGGGCAACAAAGAGCUCGGUCCUCCCGGGCCGCGGGGAAGCGCUCGGUGCGGGGGGAGGAAAGGCUCGGAGAGGCACCGGCUCCAUCCAGCCGCUCCCUGCCGGGCUGGGAGGGAACGAGGGAACCGGGGAGCAGCGGCGGGGAAGCGCCGGGACCGAUCCCGGAGCCCCUCCCGGGGUCACUCCCGGUGCCGGUGCCGCUCCCGGUGCCGCUCCCGGCCCCCUGUCUCUCCUGGAGCCUCUCCCGCUGCCGCUCCCGUAGCCAUUCCCGGUGCCGCUCCCGAUCCCGGAGCCACUCCCGGUACCGAUCCCGAUCCCAGAGCCACUCCCGGUACCGAUCCCGAUCCCGGAGCCACUCCCGGUACCGAUCCCGAUCCCGGAGCCACUCCCGGUACCGAUCCCGAUCCCGGUGCCGCUCCCGGAGCCUUUCCCGGUACCGCGGAGCAGCAGCAGCAGCGCUUCAAAGUGAAAUUCCGGAGGAAAUUUAA